GCGCAGAUUGAUGGGUUAUUCAUUCAACCAAACGCCGCCCCAGCGCAGGUGUUAGUUGCGGAUGCAACUGCGCAGAUUGAUGAGUUAUUCGUUCAACCAAACGUUAUAAUUCCACGUCUCAUCAGGAGCGGGCCGCAUGAGCUUCCUCGGGAACCUGGCACCCCGUUUGGAUUCAUUAUUGACGAAGCGAGAGGUCGAUAUUAUUCAUAUUAUUUUGUCUGAUUUGCUAUCCUGAUUAAAAAUGGAUGAUUCUAUUCCUGACAUACCGUGUGAAUUUCAAGAUUUUAUCAAUCAAAUAAACGAGCAAAUGGUGUCACAGCCUGAUAUACCUUACGAACUGUUGGAUAUUGUCAGCGGAAUAAACAAUGUGAAUCAGGUAAACAAUGAGAUGGCAUUUGAGCAACACAACCCAGACACGCUGAUUGAUUCAGAUGAUCCAUUUGUAGCCAUUCGAUCAAUAGAUGAUUUUGUCGAUUUCUUUCAGCCUUUACAAAACGCUUUAAUACAACUUAAUCAACCGAGCAAUGUUCCAAACGAAUCAACUGACAGUGUCAUGCACAAUGAUGUACAAGCUGACACACAGGAGCAAACUGACAGUGUCAUGCAUAAUGAUGUACAAGCUGACACACAGGAGCAAACUGACAGUGUCAUGCACAAUGAUGUACAAGCUGACACGCAGGAGCAAACUGACAGUGUCAUGCACAAUGAUGUACAAGCUGACACGCAGGAGCAAACUGACAGUGUCAUGCACAAUGAUGUACAAGCUGACACGCAGGAGCAAACUGACAGUGUCAUGCACAAUGAUGUACAAGCUGACACGCAGGAGCAAACUGACUCGGACACACAAAUAGGGGGUGCAAGCGAAACAGUAAGACCAAAAUUUAACAAUAUCGAAUUGAGACAGAUAUUGACACCGUCGAGGGUCGCCGAUUCUCCUGAUUUUGUCAGCUUUUACAACGACAUAAUGGAAAAUGUUCAGCGACAGACUGAUCAUGUGGUUGCAAUUACACAACCUGGUGACAUUAUUCAAAUUGAGGUGGUCGGUGACAAUGUUCAGCAACAUGUCGUCUUAAAUGCCACCGAUGACCCUGAAAUAAUCCUUCAUGGUUUUCACAAUGUGAUCGAUCGACUUGUACAAUCCAAUUACCAAAUCCUCUGCAAUACUGAGUUGGAGAUGGUGGUCAACAUCGUUAAAGAUCAAAGGGGCGGGGUUAGGAGAAAGUUGACACACAUGCUCGAUUGUGAGAUUGUUCGCAAAAAACGACGGUACCUGUAUGACCCACAUCCUCAAAACAAUCAACUAUGUUUAGCCAUGGCGUUAGCAUAUAUGUUAGACAAAUCGUUACCCACAAAUGCCUUAAUACAAAAGGCUCGUGAACUCCAUACAGCCAUAGGUCUGAGUGAACAAACUGCUGCGGGGUUUGCUGACAUUCACAAAUUUGAACAACACCUGAAUCGUAAAAUAGUUGUCUUGUACAGGCCUGAUGACUCGGAUAUGCCGAUGAAGCAUUUCGAGACUGAUUUUGUCAAAAAUCCAAACACUUUGGUGUUGACUCUAAUUCAGAAUCAUUUUUAUGGCGUGAAAUCUCCAGCACAAUUUCUGGGUCACGCCUACUUCUGCUAUUUCUGUUAUAAAGGUCACGCGAAUGCCAACUUUCACAGGUGUGCAUUCUAUUGUCAUUUAUGUAAAGACCCCGAAUGCCGUCAACGAUCGGUGGAUUAUACCAAAUGCACAGACUGUAAUAACGUUUGUUACAACAAGAUUUGCUACGCUAAGCAUAAAGAAGUUGUUAAAACGUCCCAUGGCGAAUGGGGGAGCAGAUGCUCCAGAUACAAGAAAUGUGAGAAAUGUGGUCAGACAUUCUACGUUAAUAUGUACAAGAAAGCCAGACAACACAGAUGUCCUGUCCCUAAAUGCCAAAUUUGUAGGGUCCCAUUGGUGACAGCCAACAUUGUCAAUGAUAGACACCUUUGCUUUAUCCAAACCCUGAAACCCCAGGCACCAAAUCAGAACAUAGUCUUUUACGACUUUGAGACUUUUUUAUCAAAUGAGGGGGUACACACAGCUUUCUUGGUGUGCACAAAAUCAUUUGCAGGAGAGAACAAAUGCUUUUACGGGGUUGAUUGUUGUCGUCAAUUUAUCCUACAUUUUAGACAAAAAAAAUUUGAAAAUUACAUCUUCGUGGCCCACAAUGCUCGAGCUUUUGACGCUUAUUUAUUGAUUUCAAAAAUGUUGGAUCUGGGUGUCGGUCUGUCCCCUAUCAUGCAGGGUAGUAAAAUUAUAUGUUUUACCGAGACUCGGUAUGGCUUAAAAUUUAUUGACUCCUUGUCCUUCUUAAUGAUGAAGUUGUCUUCGAUGCCUAAAACUUUGGGGUAUGAAGACAAAAUGAAGGGGUAUUUCCCUCACUUAUUCAGCUCCCAAGAGAACCUGAAUUAUGUAGGGCCCUACCCAGCCCCUGAAUUUUACAGCAUAGACCGCAUGUCAGAGAUCGAACGGGAGAAAUUCCUUGAUUGGUACCGAAAAGAAUGUCACGGUACAUUCGAUUUCCGCAAGGAGGCGCUAAUGUACUGUCAGAACGAUGUGGACAUUUUAGCUAUUGGUUGUCGGCUGUUCAGAGAUGCUUUUUUGAAAGAAACAGAUGUGGAUCCUCUAAACAGUGUCACGAUAGCCUCGGCCUGCAUGAAAGUCUUCCGUACAAAAUUCUUACAGGCCGACACUUUGGCUAUACCAUCCCCUGACAAUUACAGACGUCAGCAUAAGUCCUACUCACACGCGUCCAUACAAUAUUUAGAAUGGGUGUCGCAUGAUAGAGGAAUAUUCAUCGAACAUGCCUUGAACACAGGCGAACGUAAGGUGGGUGGUUUUUUUGUUGACGGCCACGCCUUAGGGGCGGAUGGUACGAUUCAUGUUUGGGAAUUUGAUGGCUGUUAUUUUCACGGCUGUCCUGAUUGUUUUGAACCGUCGGCGAUUUGUCCGAUGACGCAAAGACCCUUUCGUGAACUUCAUGAGGCAAAUGAGGAAAAGUUGGCGGCAUUGAAGUCGGUGCCAGGAGUCCGGCUAACGAUCAUGAAAGAGCACGAAUGGAACAAACUGAAAUGUGAGAACCCCGCUAUCCGGGAGUUCUUACACAACUCUGAUUUCCCCAAACCGCUAGAUCCCCGUGAAGCUCUCUUUGGCGGUAGGACAAAUGCCUUUGUGUUAAGACACACUGCUGGUCCCGAUCAGAAAAUACUUUAUGUUGAUGUCACUAGCCUGUACCCCUUUGUAAACGCCUCAAAAAAAUAUGCGAUCGGACAUCCAAUUAUUAUCCACAACAAUUUUGAGGCUGAUGUAACCAAGUACUUUGGUUUCAUCAGAGCUAAAGUCUACCCGCCGCGAAAACUGUAUUUCCCGGUGCUCCCUUACAAAACUGCUAAAGGCAAACUCGUGUUUACACUAUGCCGCACAUGUGCGGAAAUAAACAACCAGUCUGAUGACUGCAAACAUGAUGAUGAAUCGAGGGCCCUGACUGGCGUGUGGGUCACUCUCGAAAUGAACAAAGCUGUUGAGUUGGGUUACAGAUUAGCUCGUGUAAUGGAGGUCUGGCAUUUUGAAAAGACCAGUAGCGAGGUCUUUGAAGGAUAUAUAAAAACGUUUCUCAAGGGGAAACAAGAAGCGUCUGGUUUUCCGACCAAUGUUGUUAGUCAGGCCGACAAGCAGAAAUACAUUUGCGACUACCAAGCAAAUCAAGGAAUACAAUUAGACAUAGACUCCAUCGAACUCAAUCCGGGAAAGAGACAGGUUGCAAAGUUGUGUCUGAACAGUCUUUGGGGGAAAUUUGGUCAAAGGAGUAACUUGAAUCAAACCCAUUUUGUCAAAAAGGCUGCAGAGUUUUUCAAAAUUUUGUUCUCGGGGAUGUAUGAGAUCAAAUACUUUGGUUUUAUUAACAAGGAUGUAGCCAUGAUUCAGUACAACUUUAACAAAAAAAACAUUACCCCGCCCUCUGCAUCUUCCAAUGUUUUUGUCGCAUGCAUGACAACUGCGCACGCUCGAUUAGUCAUGUACGAAUAUUUGGAAAAACUGCAGGAAAAUGUCCUGUAUUCGGACACUGACUCUCUCAUCUAUGUAGUUGGUCCUGGAGAAGAGCCCCUCCCUCUAGGUAAUUAUCUUGGCGAUUUGACGGAUGAGCUAGCUAACGAUUCCAUCGAGGAAUUCGUCUCUGCCGGUCCAAAAUCGUACGCGUAUCAGACGAGACAAACCAAAAAAACAGUAAUAAAAGUCAAGGGGAUCACUCAGACUUAUGCUUGUUCACAGCGUGUGAAUUUUGAUACUAUAAAGGACUUGGUCGACGGGUAUGUCGAUCACUGUGGCGUUGGCACCCCCAGGACUAUAAACACUCCGCAACACAUCAUUGUGCGUGACAAAAAGUCGUUUGAGCUAAGAAAUAAAUCAUUUCAGAAAACAUUUAAAGUCGUGUACGACAAACGACGGUUAUUAGCCGGCGGUAAAACUCUUCCUUUUGGCUAUUAA